UAUUGAGUGACCCGAGCGACCCGAACAACGUGAACUUGCAGAGCGAAGAGAAAAUGGAGGGAAAGCGUUCGAACACGCAACCGCUAACACUACUAAGAAAAAUCAAAGGAUUUACUGGCUCCAUUGUCGAGGAUCUCGCUCGAGGUAGAGCGCCGACAAUCUACAUCGAUCGUUUCAGAAAUUACUGUACUGACGCUUCUGGAAAUUGCUCUUGCAGCUCCGAUGGAUCGAGUGGCAAAGAAUCUAUAUCAUUGAAGAGGGAAUGCCAUGCACGUAGGAUUGAUGUCUUGUUGAGAGUCCUUUUGAUAAUUCAGCAACUUCUGCAAGAAAGCAGGCAUGGAUCAAAGAGAGACAUAUAUUACAUGCAUCCUACUGUUUUUAAAGAACCAUCUGUUGUUGAUCGAGCAAUUAAUGACAUUUGCAUCCUCUUGCAGUGCAGUCGGCAUAACCUUAAUGUGGUAUCUGUUGGAAACGGAUUGGUGAUGGGCUGGCUGCGGUAUGUGGAAUCUGGGAGAAAAAUUGACUGCAUUAGCAAUCCUAACACUGCAUACCCGAUUCCAGUCCAUGUGGAAGAGGUUGAUGAUAUUAUUAGUGUUGCUCAAUACGUUUUAGUUGUGGAAAAGGAAUCAGUGUUCCAGCGACUAGCAAAUGAUCAGUUUGGCAAGAGGAACCGUUGCAUUGUGAUAACAGGAAGGGGUUAUCCUGAUGUUCCUACAAGGAGGUUUCUGCGUCUCCUCGUUGACAAGCUGCAUUUGCCUGUGUAUUGCCUGGUAGAUUGUGAUCCAUAUGGCUUUGACAUCUUAACUACAUACAAAUUCGGUUCUUUGCAAAUGGCUUAUGAUGCAAAGUUUUUACGAGUCUGUGAGAUACAAUGGCUUGGAGUAUUUAUCCAGGAUUGCGACAAUUAUAGCAUUCCACAGCAAUGUCUCCUGCCUUUGACUGCAGAAGAUAAGAGGAAAGUUGAAGCGAUGUUACUUAGGUGUUAUUUGCAAAGAGAAGUACCAAAAUGGAGGUUUGAACUGGAGCUGCUGUUGCACAAAGGAGUUAAGUUUGAGAUUGAAGCAUUGUCUGUGCAUUCACUCACUUUCUUGUCCCACGAGUAUCUACCGUCGAAGAUCCAAAGUGGAGGGGUUGUAUUUUGAAAGUGGACGUGUGUUGCGAUGCAUGCAAGAUGGAGACGGUGAAUAUUUUGAGUUCUAUAUGCGGAGUUUAUUCUGUCACAAUAGAAUCUGACGAAGCCAGAAUUUAUGGUGAAGUCGAUCCAAACCUCCUCUUGAGGGCUCUAUCAAAAUCAGGCCGUGGGAACCAUGCAGAGGUGAAAUGGGUGACACUAAAGCACCCAUUAUUGAGCACUAGUCAUAUGGCUGAUGGAUAUGGCUCUUACAAUCAUAGAUAUGGCUCUAAUAGUCAUGGCUAUGGUUAUAAUAGUUAUAGCCAUGGCCAUGGCUAUAAUUCUAUUGGUGGUCCCUUUAGGCAGAGAAGGUCGUUGCCCGGCUAUACUUCUGGCUAUGAGGGACACCACAAUCACCAAUAUCCAUUCAGGAGCAUUGCACCAGAUUACUCCUACGCGUCCAGCUAUUAUUCCGGUGCUUUGCCACCACCUAGGCCUCACUACUGUUAUAGGUAGAGAACUGGAGAGAUUCUUAAAGGCUCGUUGGCUUUCCACGACCAUGACGUCAAGAAGUGUUUUUGAGUGAUUGUUUCUUUUUAGUUCUGUUUAUUAGGGAUAAUUUAUUUAAAUAGUAGCGCCUAUAGUUGAAUAGUUCUUUUGAUGAGGAUUCAAAGCAAAGCUUCAUCUGCAUUCAAGUAAAUUUUCUUGGAAAUUUGUCAAGGUCUCGACAUUUCACUUUGGUAAUUAACUUUCUUUUGUAUUAAUCACCAAGAGGAACUGUAUAAAACCAUA